AAGCUGGCUGCAGAGAUGCCAAACUUUAAGUAAUUUGUUAACUGUGAAACGACAAAGUCUGAAAAGAAAACCAAAUUCCAAAGCUCUUUAAAAUGAAUACAACAAUAAUGAUGUUCGCUGCCGUGAUACUUUUGGUAUCUGUGGUGCAUGCUGCAACUCCAGCCACAGCUGCAACUCCAGCCACUGCAGCAACGCCAGCCACUGCUGCAACUGCUGCGCCAAUUGUUAAACGAUCUGCUCAAGCUCCCCCAGCCGCACCAGCAGCUCCUGCAAAUCCAGCAAAUGCCGCUGCUCCUGCAAAUCCGGCUGCUCCUGCAAAUCCGGCUACUCCAGGGUUGGGAUUGUUGGGAUUGUAAGAAAAUAUGAAUGUGCCUCCAGCAACUUCAGCUGCGCUGUGAGAGUAAAGAAUAUUGAUGCCUUGUAAACUACAUUUUUACACCUGUUCAGUUAUAUUAAUAAAUGAGAAGGUAAAAGGUUAAAAAAAAUUAUUUAAUCAAUCAA